CCCCUGCAGUGUGCGAACAGCCAAAACCGGGCUUUUCAGAGUUCCGUGGGGUUUGCAGCCUCCUGCUGCUGCUUGGCUGAAGGUCCACCUUAAAUGUCCCUAUAUGAGUAUGGAAUCUGGCUGUGCCCCGGUGUAGUCUUACACCAGCCUGCCCUGGUGUGCUCCUGCCGGGCUUCAACUAUACAAAAAUAGACGGCAUCCACUACCUAAGAUGUCAUUGUAACAUUACUUAUCUGAGGUGGAACUGAAGCUCUUAUCUUUGACGCUGAACAGCACUUAAAUAUCUCAGUUGCCUUUUAAAGGCAUCAGUCCUUUGGAUUUGGUCCUUGAAUACUAAACAUCAUGAGCAACUACAGCGUGUCUUUGGUCGGGCCAGCUCCCUGGGGUUUCAGGCUUCAAGGGGGCAAGGAUUUCAAUGUGCCUCUGUCUAUCUCUCGGCUUAAUGACGGUGGCAAGGCAGCCCAGGCACACGUGGGGAUUGGUGAUGUGGUUCUCACCAUUGAUGGGAUAAGCACGGAUGGGAUGACUCAUCUAGAAGCACAAAACAAGAUCAAGGCAUGUACAGGCAAUUUGAACAUGACUCUGCAAAGAGUGUCUUCUAUACAAAAACCUGAUCAUUUUCAUGUGACAAAGGCAGAACCUACCGAAGUAGUUAAGCCUGUGCCCAUUGCCUCUGCUGUUGCACCCAAAGUCACUGCUACAGCCAGCGUGGCUUUCAAUAAGACACCGAGGCCGUUUGGGGCUGUAACCUCCUCCAAGGUCACCUCCAUCCCAUCACCGUCCUCCGCCUUCACGCCGGCGCAGGCGUCGGCCGCGUCCUCGUGUGCCGUGCCCGGAGUGCAUGCUAACGCCAAGCCUAACGCUGAGCCAUGGCCGCCUGUGCUGGGCGCUCCUAAACCUGCAGUUCCUGUCCCACGGCAGCACGGUGCCGCCCCGAGCGCCUCGGCCACCGACGGCGCCCAGGACGCAGCCGAGGGGCCGCGACGAGGAGGCAGAGAGAACCAGGGGGAGAGUAAACAGCAAAAUGGCCCCCCGCGGAAGCACAUCGUGGACACCUACACGGAGUUCUACCACACGCCCACCCACAGCGACGCCAGCAAGAAGCGGCUGAUCGAGGACACCGAGGACUGGCACCCCCGCACAGGCACCACCCAGUCCCGCUCCUUCCGCAUCCUCGCCCAAAUCACUGGCACGGAUCACAUGAAAGAACCAGAAAAUGAAGCUGGGAAGAAGACUAAUGAUUCCCUGGAAGCUGCCCAGCCUGCUCCGGUGAGGAGCGUCCCUGCCUGCCAGGACAACAUGGAUGUGAGACCUGCUCCUGCCAACACCGCACCUGCCGCGGUCCUCAAGCCAACGGCACCUCUGGGUUCUGCCAAGGGCUGGCAGCCUCCAAACCAAGCAGCUCCUGUCAGUGGAUGGACAUCCAACAGUAUUAAAUCACCUGGAACAACUGCCCCGAGUGAAAAAGCUGCAAUAACACCUCAGCUGAAUGAGCAAGACACGUUGGUUCAGCGGGCGGAGCAUAUUCCAGCGGGGAAGCGCACUCCCAUGUGUGCGCACUGUAACCAGGUCAUCAGAGGACCCUUCUUGGUGGCUUUGGGAAAGUCAUGGCAUCCAGAGGAGUUUAAUUGUGCCCACUGCAAAACCUCCAUGGCAUACAUAGGAUUUGUGGAAGAGAAAGGGAUGCUGUAUUGUGAGGUCUGCUAUGAGAAGUUCUUUGCCCCUGAGUGUUCAAAGUGCCAGAGGAAGAUCCUUGGGGAAGUAAUAAAUGCUUUGAAACAAACUUGGCACGUUUCCUGCUUCGUGUGUGUGGCCUGUCACAACCCCAUCCGCAAUAAUGUUUUCCACUUAGAAGAUGGUGAUCCCUACUGUGAGACGGAUUACUAUGCCCUCUUUGGUACGAUGUGCCAUGGCUGCGAAUUCCCCAUCGAAGCUGGAGACAGGUUUCUUGAAGCCCUGGGCCACACUUGGCAUGACACUUGCUUUGUAUGCUCCGUAUGUAGUGACAGUUUGGAGGGCCAGACUUUCUUCUCCAAGAAGGACAAGCCACUGUGCAAGAAACAUGCCCACUCUAUCAACAUCUGAAACUUGGAGCUCGUUUUGUGUAACAAAUGUACUGAGCAGAAAGGUUAAAAUGUCCAUAUUCAAUAAUUCGUUAAAAUAAUUUAUGCCAAAUUUUUCUAAAAUGAAAAAGUGAUGUGGAAACUUGCAGAAAGGAUUGUACACUAUUUUUUUAGAGUGUUUAUCAUUUAUGAUUUUGCUUCAUAAAAAGAAAGGUAUCAGGAAUUGCACCCAAGCCAAACAAUUAGAGUACCUUUAUCUCUACACUUCACACAUUACUGUAUUUCAUGAUUUUAUGACCACAUUUGUCUCUAUUUCAUUAUGAGAAGUGAAGCAUCUAUAAAAGUAAAUACCUGAUAUUAGAGGUCUCAGUCUUGCUGCUGUUCAGCAAAUAAAGGGAGACUGGAUUCAACAAUCCAAAUCACUUUAUUUCAGUGAUGUUUUUAAAGUGUGUCCAGAAGUAUUGUGACUAAACUCCAUUAAAAAGAACUCAAAGUAAAGAUAAGAUUACACAAAAUAUAUAGUUUCAAAACUUUUUUUUAAUCUGCUAUUCGUAUACAGGAAGAUUCCUACAUGAUUACAUGUACCUGCGCCUUUGCACUUGAAUUUCUGAUAGGUUUGCAAGGGACGGAGGUUUUUACAAAGCAUUUAAGGGUCUAUGCUGGUAAAAAAAUAUUUUGAAGAUGCCACUUAAAACAUAAAUGGGAUACUUUUCUGUAACUCGUAUACUGCCAGAACACUAGCCAAAACCCCCUGCUGCUGAGGGCGUGUUUGAUAGGAUGAAAAUGUCAGAUCAAAUCUUAAGGGAGCAGGGAUUUCAAUUCUUCUGUUUGCAGUUCAGGUUUUAGGUUGCUUUAAGUGCCUUGUAAAGGGGAAAUUGUGCUGAAUCUUCAGGUAACAGCGUUUUGUAUCCAGAAUGUGAGAUUCUAGUGUUGAAUGAGGGAAGCUGCUGAAGUGCAACUGAGGACAUUGUUUUUUUCCUCAGUACAUUCUUUACCACGUAGCUCAUGAAUAUGUAUAUUGGUGGAGUGCCAGGUGAAAACUUUCUUGCUCAGCUGUUAUGAUUUUUAUUAGUUUAGGAUUUAUUUUUCUCUUCCAGAUGUAGGGAAUGGAUUGUGAAAUGAUAUUCCAUUGAUUUAAGCGGCUCAGUACCUCUCAGAUCUUGCAAGGGAGCAGAGAGACAAUGCGGUCAUUAUGCAUUUGUUGCGAGCUGGAUCAGCUGAUUCUGUGGCUUGAUAGGAAUUUUGCAUCCACCCAGAGAGUCAGUGCAAGCCCAGUGCACCAGCUCAGUCCCCCUUAGCCUCAAAUUAGGGUUUAACUGGUUUAAUUGGAGCAAUUGCAGGCAGCCAGGGAGGAGGUGGUGCUCCUCUGCAACAGGGUGAAUUUGCUUCAGUAGAAUUGCACAACAGUGAAGGGGGCUCUCUUGGGACCAGAGCAGAUUCCUGAAGAAAACUGAAUUUACAUCAGUUUGUUUCAACUGGGGUGUCAGAGCUGAAUUGUUAAUCUUUAGUGCUCUUUCUAGUAGACAUUAAAAAUAACCAUUUACUGGUUUUGUUCUUGUGGGGUGGGUUUUUUAACUGAUUCACCAGAUAGUUUUAUCCAUAAAACCAUGGAUAAAAAAGUCACAAAAAUUUGGUAUGGUUGAAUAAAGCAACUGUAAUGAGGAACAUCAGCAAAAGAGGAGGAAAGAAAACCAAAAUUGCUGUACUGAAAUAUGAAAAAUAUUUGGCUUUUAAUUAAUUCAGUGAGACAGGUUCACAUUGUGGGGCUGUUUCACUUUAUUUCCUGAAGUUGUUUUUAUUCAAUAUUACCACGUUUCUUUUUUAACUUCCAGUGGUACAGAAGAAAUUUGGUAAAUUUGGUGAAUGUUGGUAAAUAAGAAAUUUGGUGGUACGGUAUAAAGCUGUUUAAAGUGUUUACACUCUUGUAGAUGUACCCUAUUGUGAGUUCGGUGAAAAUCAGAAGGGUGGAAGCAGACUGGACAAGAUACACUAAUAUAUAAACCAGGUUGCUUUUAAAAUUAAGUGGAAUGUGGAAAAAUGAGACCUAUGGACUAGGUUUCAGUGGAGCUUUAUUGCACAUGUGUGAGGAAAGAGGGGGAAAUGCACAGGAAAAGGGGUUCCAUAAUUUCUGCGAUUCAAACCUUGCAAUUUUAAUGUAGGAUAAAAACUUAUCAGUUUGUCAUUGUCCUUAAAAUCCAGUUAAAUUUUGUUUAGCCUCAUAAUUUUAAUUGGAAUUUUAUUUUUAAUCCAUAUGCUCUAGGGUUUGAAAUUUUCCAGUUGUUAAUGAAUUUGAGGACAAAAGCCUGAAAGGCUCCAAUAGAACUGCUUCAUUUAGCUGCUUUGCCUUUUAAUUUCUGCUUUUAUCUAUUUGUUUAAAAUUUUAAAGGAAGCAUAGAGUCACUGAUAGAUAACGGAUAUUUAAUGGCUUUACCAAAUUAUAUAAAUCAAUUAAAAGGAACAUAAUUUUUAUCGUUAUUUUAAGAAGUGAGAUUUUAGUAGAGCACUUUAUAAUAAUGCCAUAUAUCUCACUGAAUAUUUAUUACCUUUUUUGUUGUUGUUGUUUAGAACUAUUUCAUCCUGGUAGUAUUUUGUUUUAUUUUAAGCCUGCCUUUACCUCUAGAAUCUUCUGGGGACUGAGUGUAUGUGUUUAAAUAUACUUUUUUCUACAUGCACACGUAUGUGCAUUGAGAGACAUAAGUAUAAAUGUAUAUUUGAAUGCAGACUUGACAUAGCAAAAAAUCAUUUGGGGAUUUAGUGAGAUUCCCAACUUCUUUUCACACAACACACAUACAGCAUUCAUUUAUGAGGGAAUGUUGCAGAGUCAGGACAGAUGUAUUAGUAACCUAACUACUGUAGAUCUUUGCAUGCAUUUUCAGUCAGUUGUCAUUUUUCUUCCAAAACUGCCUGUGAGAGAAUUUGGUUUAACUCUGUUUGGAGUUAGAAUGUCUUUGUAAGUGAAUAAUUGAUCCAUGAUGACAAUUUCAGUAUGUUGUAAUGAAAUAAUUCAGGAUUGCAUGUAAAUAUAAAUGCUUAAUAUAACUAUGCCAUAAACAUAAAAGCAGGAGUUGAGUUGUGGUUCAGUGUGUGUUGGUUUGUUAAUUGUGUACCUGUUUCUUGACGGAGCUACAUGCAUCAUCUAGCCAUGCCAGCUGCUUUGCAAACAUUGUUUUAUGCUAAACUACCAGCUGUUAAAUCCUGGUGAUUUCUUUGCUUGUGUUUAAUAAUCUUUGGCAUUAAAUUUUGUCUGUUCACGUUUGCAAAUUUAAUUACAAUUGAAAAACAUAAUAAGCAAAUAAACCCUACUCAAAACCUGAA